UCAUAAUCAUAUAUAGUAAUCAUACACACUAGAAUAUCUGUUCAGUGUUUUACGGUGUUUGUUUUGUUGUUAAAUGUUAAUUAAUAAUCAUUAAUUUUUGUUACCGACUGUCGGCUGGUCUACUUGUUUACUGAUCACAAUUAAUUUGUACAAUUAUAUUAUAAAAAAUCUAACAGUUUUUAAAAAUGGCUAAAAUCUUGGGAAUCGUUUCAAAGUUUUAUGAAGAUUACACUAAGACAACAUCAAAAAAACUUAAGAUAAUCGAUGCUUAUUUGUUGUACAUAAUGUUAACUGGAAUCGUACAGUUUGCUUACUGUUGUUUAGUAGGCACAUUCCCGUUCAACUCGUUUCUCAGUGGUUUUAUUUCAUCAGUUAGUUGUUUUGUACUUGGUGUAUGUUUACGAUUACAAGCAAAUCCACAAAACAAAGCACAAUUCAGUGAUAUAAGUCCAGAACGUGGAUUUGCUGAUUUUAUUUUUGCACAUAUUGUGCUUCACUUAACUAUUGUAAACUUCAUAGGUUAAAUUCAACAUUAAAGUUAAAAUUUAAAAUAUAUUUUAUUGCUCCAUUUUUUUUUUCUAAAAAUAUUUUGUGUAAAUAAAGGAUUAAAUAAAUAAAAUUUAUACUCACACAUA